GUCGCUGUCAGCAGAGCAAACUAAAAUCACUAACACAAUUAUUUCCAGUUGUUUAAAUUUUAGACAUAAAGUUCGUUCUAAAACUUGAGGAUUUCCAGUGAAAAAAAACGAAGAAACCGCCAGAAUAAUGGCCACAAAAGCGGGAAAAGGCGACGGCAAGCAGACGAAGGGGAAGCUGAGGACCUCCAAGAACAAGACAGAAGGCGCUGGGGGUGGUGGCGGCGAUGCCGAUGACUUCGAGGCCUGGAUGAAGUCGCGCCAGCUGCUCAAGCCCGAUGACCAGCUCGAUCUCACCGAGGCGGAACUGGGCGAGGAGAUCACCAAGGUGCUGACCCCCACCAACACCAACAUCAUCCGCAAUCUCGUCGUCUACAGCUUCAAGGAGGGCGAGUUCGUUUUGGCUCCGGUGCCCGGCAACACGGUCACCCUGAUCGCCUUCCCCGGAAACUCACUGCACGUGGACUCCGAAGAGGGUCGCCGCCAGAUCGAGGAGUCGGACGAGAUUGGCUACCCACUGCCCAUGCCCAACUACACAGUGGUGGAGCAGCGCGAGACCGACAACGUCGAUGGUGAAGAGGGAGAGGGCGAGGAGGACGAUGAUGGGGGCAACGCAAAGGACGGCGGCGGAGAAGACGAGGAUGUCGAGGAGGAGGACGACGAGGAGGCCAAGGGCACCGAGGGUGAUGAGGGCGAAGGCGAGGGCGAGGGUGAAGGCGCCGUUGCCCGCCAAGAGGACGAUGAGCCCGCCCAGCAGGCGGCGGCCGUUUCAUCCAAGAAACGCAAGCUAAUCAACCAGUUCAACUACUGCGAACGAGGUGCCCUCACCUAUACGAAUCCCAAAAGGAAUGUAGACACCCAGACCAUACCACCGCCCCGUUCCCAGUUCGGGGCCAAUGUGCUGCAGUGGGUCAUCUAUGAUUCGUAUAUGGAAAACUUUGCGGAGUCCCAGAAGGACGGCAGCAAGAAGGAGGAUCGCAAGCGCGGCAGGAGGGAGAAGAAGUUCCGGGACAAGUCGGCCAUUGCCGAGCAGCUGAACAAGAAGUAUCUGAAGUGCUGGCAGAUUCUCGAGCGGAUGAUCAAUCAGAAUAUCUACGAUGACAUCGCCCACGACUAUCGCUACUGGGAGGAUCCGGCGGACGAGUUUCGCGAGGGUGAGGGCAAUCUGCUGCCACUCUGGAAGUUCCAGUACGACAGGACCAAGAAGAUGAACGUCACCGACAUCCUGUUCAAUCCGAGCUACUACGAUCUCUUCGCCGUCUGUUUCGGAUCGCAUGACUUCAUGAAGCAGACCAACGAGGGUUACUUGUGUCUGUUCACUGUGAAGAAUCCCUCAUUCCCGGACUACAUAAUUCAAACCGACUGUGGGGUUAUGUGCUGCGACAUCCAUCCAACGUAUCCUUUUCUGGCGGUGAUCGGUCUCUAUGACGGCAAUGUCGCGGUCUACAAUCUUCGCGAGGACUGCAAGGAGCCACUUUAUGUGUCCAAAGGGGUCAACUGCAAGCACGGCGAGUGCGUGUGGCAGAUCAAGUGGGGACUGGACAUGGCCGAUGGUGAGGUCAACUUCUUUUCGGUGUCCUCCGAUGGGCGAGUCUUCAACUGGAUCCUCAUGCAGAACAAACUGUGGGUCACCACCAUCAUAACACUGUACCGCGAAAAUGGAUUGGUGGACGGUCCAGAUGGCACGAAGAUCACCCUGAAGAGCGGAGGAUCCUGCAUGGUGUUCCAUCCAGUGGAUAACAAAGUGUUUCUAGUGGGCACCGAGUGUGGCUAUAUCUACAAGUGCAGCACGGCGUUCAGCUCCAAGUACCUGAUGACCUACUAUGCCCACAACAUGUCCGUCUAUCGCAUCGACUUCAACCGCUUCAACAGCAACAUCUUCGUGUCCUGUAGCGCCGAUUGGAGGGUUAAGGUGUGGGAGGAUAUGCGUCCCGAUCCACUGUUCAUCUUCGAUCUGGGUGCCGCCGUAGGCGAUGUCAAGUGGGCUCCGUACUCGAGCACCGUAUUCGCAGCGGUGACCACCGAAGGCAAGGUGCACGUUUUCGAUCUACAUGUGAACAAAUACAAGCCCAUCUGCGUCCAGGCUGUGGUGCCUAAGCGGAAGAACAAGCUCACCAGGUUGUCCUUCAACGAGAAGCUCGCCUUCAUUGUGGUGGGCGAUGAGAAGGGCGUCACCACAUCGCUGAAGCUAUCGCCCAAUCUUCGGAUGAUGGUCAAGCCGCCGAAGAAGCAGCUGUAUCUCGACCAGCACACCCUGCAGACUGGCAAGCUGGAGAAGCUGCUCUCCCUGGUGCGGGAACUUCCAGAGGGCGGAACUGUGGUGCCCGAUGCAGCCACAACCGUGCGCAGCUAAAUCCCUUGAUCCCGAGAUCAUGAAUCCAGCCCAGAAAAACACUUUAUUCCGAGUUGACGUAUUAUAUUUUACACAUAUAGAUUAUCUGCUGGUUCUGAAAGAAUCUCGAUUCAUCCGUCUUGUGUUACUCUAUGUUCCUAUCCAUCUAACAAAAAUUUGCUAUCAACGUUGAAGUCAACCAACAUAAGGAACUUAGAAGCAAUGUAUAUAGUCACCAAAUUGUAUAUAUGCUUAGAAACGAAAUAAAUUAUACAAUAAAACCGUA